AUGUUGAUCCGUGAUAGUUUUGAUGAGAAAGUGGCUGUGGUUUCCACAGUCGGCAUGGGUGGUCUGGGCAAGACGACACUUGCCCAGUUGGUCUAUAGAGAUGAAGAAGUCCAGAAGCAUUUCCAACUGCAUUUAUGGGUAUGUGUUUCUGAUGAUUUUGAUGUGCCAAAGCUUGCUGGAAAGAUCAUACGUACAGCUUCUGGGAAAAAGUGUGAUGAUACAGACAUUGAAGUGCUUCAACAGAGGCUGAGAAAAGAAUUGGAGCAGAAGAGAUAUUUGUUGGUAUUAGAAGAUGUAUGGAAUGAAGAUUUCCGAAAGUGGGAUGCUCUUAGAAACAUGUUGCUCGAUGGAGGAGAAAGAAGCAGAAUCCUUGUGACCACACGUGCACCGAAAUCAGCGAAAUUAGUGAAGAUUGGUAAAAAGAUUGUUGAGAAAUGUCAAGGAUUACCACUUGCUAUAGAAGUAAUGGGGUGUAUCAUGCAUGACAUGAGCGAAGAAGGUGAAUGGCAGGCCGUGUUGCAAAAUAUUGAAACAUGGAAGUUACAACAUACGAAAAAUGAAAUCAUGCCAGAGCUGUGGCUAAGCUAUGUUGAUUUGCCUACUCAUUUAAAAAAAUGUUUUGCCUUUUGUGCCAUAUACCCAAAGGAUCAUGAAAUUGAGGAAGUGGAGCUGAUUCAGCUAUGGAUGGCUCAUGGGUUUAUUGCAUCUCAAAAAGGGAAACGAUAUGGAAGUUAA